GCCACAAGAAACGGUUGUCGAAGAGUCCGAUGGCUUAGAAGAGUACGAAAAGGAAGAGCUAAGCCGUGAGAAGGAUAUUAAAGAACGGGAUGAAUUCGUGAAGCGCUUGCUCAGCAAAGAUCAUGAGAGUACUAAAAAGUUGACUUCUGGUAGUGGCUCAAAAUACGAAGAGGCGCUACGAAAGGUCGAGGCCGGUGAAAUGACCAGAAAGGAACUCGUCGAGGAGUUUAAAAAAGAGUCCAGGAGAGCAUAUCUCCGGAAGCGGCAGGCUGACAAGCUCGCCGACCUGAAGGGUGAAGUGGAGGAUGAGGAGUUAUUUUUUGACCAGGAGGAAUUGACUGCUCGAGAGCUAGCUGAACUGCAAUAUAAGCGAACUCUCUUAGCUGUUGCACAGGCCCACCAGCAAGCUGGUGAAUUGGAGAGCGCCAAUCGCUAUUUUAUACCCAGUGAGGAAAAGCGUCCGGACGAAAGUUUUCAGGAAGAAUCCCAGGAAAAAGGUGUCAACGAGGAAGGAAAACGAUGGGAACAAGAGCACCUUUCCUCUGCCUUGUAUUCCUUUGGCGCUAGGGAUAAAUCCGAGAAGGAGAUGCGCUUACGUUCAGCUGUAGCACCCUUUCGGUGCCUAAGUGACAUGCCACCAGAAGGAAACAUGAGGGCUGAGGUAGUGCCAGGUUACCCAAGCCUAGACAGAGGAAGUCAAAAGUUAGAGGUCAGGUUCGAACCACAGACCUCUUGGUCAGCAAAGUUUGAUCUUGUACUGGACGACGAAAUUGACUUUUUGAAGACAUUGACUCGUCCAGGAGCCAAUACGGAAGAGGAACCCGUUUCUGAAGAAAAGAAAACAAAAUCGGUCAGUCGCCGCGAAACUCUCGCUGAAGCAAGGCGUUCGCUCCCCAUCUACAAAUUUCGAGAAGCGUUGCUGCAAGCAAUCGCUGAUCAUCAGGUGCUCAUUAUCGAGGGCGAAACAGGGUCCGGAAAAACUACUCAGAUUCCACAGUAUCUGUACGAAGCAGCAAAGUUUGAUCUUGUACUGGACGACGAAAUUGACUUUUUGAAGACAUUGACUCGUCCAGGAGCCAAUACGGAAGAGGAACCCGUUUCUGAAGAAAAGAAAACAAAAUCGGUCAGUCGCCGCGAAACUCUCGCUGAAGCAAGGCGUUCGCUCCCCAUCUACAAAUUUCGAGAAGCGUUGCUGCAAGCAAUCGCUGAUCAUCAGGUGCUCAUUAUCGAGGGCGAAACAGGGUCCGGAAAAACUACUCAGAUUCCACAGUAUCUGUACGAAGCAGGUUAUUGUGUCGGCGGUAAACGAAUCGGGUGCACGCAGCCUCGUCGUGUCGCUGCCAUGUCUGUUGCAGCUCGCGUUUCGCAGGAAAUGAAUGUGAAGUUAGGAGGCGAAGUGGGCUACUCGAUACGUUUUGAGGACUGCACUUCCGAGCGCACACUAAUAAAAUAUAUGACUGACGGCAUGCUGCUUCGCGAAUUUCUCCUUGAGCCAGAUCUGGGCGGCUACUCGGUCAUGCUGAUCGAUGAGGCCCAUGAAAGGACACUUCACACAGAUAUACUCUUCGGGUUGGUCAAGGAUGUCGCUCGAUUCCGUCCCGAUCUCAAACUUCUCAUAAGUUCCGCUACGCUCGAUGCCGAGAAAUUCGCCAAAUUUUUCGACGAUGCACCCGAUGUCGCUCGAUUCCGUCCCGAUCUCAAACUUCUCAUAAGUUCCGCUACGCUCGAUGCCGAGAAAUUCGCCAAAUUUUUCGACGAUGCACCCGUAUUCCGUAUUCCCGGAAGACGAUAUCCCGCUCCAGAGGCGGACUAUAUUGAAGCUGCGGUGAUCUCAGUGCUUCAGAUUCAUGUAACUCAACCACCGGGUGACAUCCUGGUAUUUCUAACUGGACAGGAGGAAAUAGAAACAGCCAAUGAGAUGUUGGUCGAGCGAACUCGGAAAUUGGGUAGUAAAAUACGGGAGCUCCUCAUACUGCCAAUCUACUCCACACUUCCUUCGGAUAUGCAAGCACGGAUUUUCUCACCAACCCCUCCAGGUGCCCGUAAGGUCGUUCUUGCUACCAAUAUUGCUGAGACAUCUCUGACUAUCGAUGGGAUAAUCUAUGUUAUUGAUACGGGUUUCUGCAAGCAAAAGUUCUACAGCGCCCGCUCAGGUAUUGAAUCUCUAAUCGUGGUACCGAUCUCACAGGCUGCAGCAGAUCAACGUGCUGGUCGUGCCGGAAGAGUAGCUGCGGGAAAGUGUUUCCGGCUUUACACUGCCCAUGCUUACCGCACUGAACUGGAACCGCAACCCGUCCCGGAGAUCCAGCGCACCAACCUGGGUAAUGUGGUACUACUUCUGAAAUCCCUUGGUAUCGAUGAUUUGUUGCACUUUGACUAUAUGGACCCACCUCCGCAUGACUCUCUCAUCAUGGCUUUGGAGCAGUUGUAUGCUUUGGGAGCGUUGAAUCACCGAGGCGAACUAACCAAAAUGGGGCGUCAAAUGGCUGAGUUUCCUUGUGACCCGAUGUUGUCGAAAAUGAUUUUGGCGUCCGAUAAAUACAAGUGUAGUGGCGAUGCUAUCACUAUCGCUGCUAUGCUAUCCGUGAACAACGCAAUCUUUUAUCGGCCGAAAGAUAAGCUGAUCCAUGCAGACACUGCACGAAAAGGCUUUUUCCACACGGCCGGAGACCAUCUCAUGUUGCUGAAUGUAUACAACCAGUGGAGUGCGGCGGAUUUUUCCACGCAUUGGUGCUAUGAACAUUUCAUCCAGUACCGGACAAUGAAACGAGCCAGAGAUAUCCGCGACCAGUUCGUCAGCUUGUUAGAACGGGUUGAGAUUUCGUUAACAAGUAACCCGAGUGAACAUAUCAAUAUCCGUAAAGUAAAUUUUUCCACGCAUUGGUGCUAUGAACAUUUCAUCCAGUACCGGACAAUGAAACGAGCCAGAGAUAUCCGCGACCAGUUCGUCAGCUUGUUAGAACGGGUUGAGAUUUCGUUAACAAGUAACCCGAGUGAACAUAUCAAUAUCCGUAAAUCUAUUACUGCGGGCUUUUUUUAUCACACGGCACGGUUUACCGGAAACGGUUACAAGACUGUGAAACAAAAGCACACAAUUCAUCCCCACCCGAAUUCUUGUCUGGCUGAGGAACUUCCCAAGUGGGUCAUCUAUCACGAGCUGGUGUUCACUACGAAAGAGUUUAUGCGCCAACUUAUUGAAAUCGAACCCAAAUGGCUCUUGGAAGUAGCUCCGCAUUACUACAAGGAAAAGGAGAUUGAGUGCGGAGUGGCAAACACUCCCAGAAAUAAGGGCAAGUCUCGACAGGAGCUUGAGCCCCGUGAAGGACAAUA